AUGAACAUCCAAAGAUUGCCUCCUGAGCUGAUACCCAAUAUCAUCGAGCCACUUUCGGCCAACCCGAGGGACCUGCUGCCGGUGCUCACACUCAAUAAGGAGUUCUCCCAUGAAGCGUAUAAGCAGCUGUAUUCAUUCGUCGCCCUCAGGCCAUGGGAGCGACCCGACAAGCUGGUGGAGUUCUUCGACGCCAUAAAGCACAACAGCGAGCUAGCGCACCUUGUGAAAAAGCUAGAGAUACGAUCCUUUCCCCGUCAGCUCAGCCACAUCGAAAGAGUCCAUCUCUACGACACAUUGACGUCGUCACUCACCCAUUUCACCAAUCUAGAGAUCCUCAGCUGGACGCGAGCCAUGACGCUCAGCACGGAUAUCCUAUCAGUCGUUAGCACCUUACCUCGACUGUCAGAGCUGGAAAUCAAUUCCGGAAACGAUAUAAGAUACGAUGACAUCUUCAAACCCACUCCAGCCCGAUGGCGCACACUGCACACCCUGAAAGUUAUCCUGCCUGAUCGUAGCAUAGCGCGCGCUUUGCGGCCAUUUCUCCAGCAGCGUGGCCAGCAGCUGCGAUCGCUGAUGAUAUUGGCCAAAGAGAGCGGCGUGAUUGACGAUAAAUACCUCAACAGCAUUGCGGGAAGCUUGACAAACCUCCAUCAGCUCAGUCUUGGUGGAUUGAAGCGCGUGACGGAUAGAUCUAUCGUGAAUAUCCUCGUGCGGAACCCACACAUUACCUCACUGGCAUUAGAAUCGCUCAGCUUGACUAGCACUCACUGGGAAAUUAUUAUGCCUUACCUCACACAUCUCAGUGUGACAUAUAACUCUUCAGGCGUGCUGGAUAAACUAUUAGACGCUAUUAGACCGAGCAAGUCGUUCAAGAGCUUCACUAUAUACUCGUCAGGGAUGGACAGUCUGCCGUAUCUGCCCGCGGAGUUUCUCGAGCGUUUGGUCAAUAUGCAUUGCUAUACAUUGACGACACUUAGGAUACAUCACGUCUUGGUUACUCAGGAGAUGCUCACUAACGUAUCCAACAAGUGCCCUCAUCUCACCGAAUUGGUGGUGCAUCUCCCCAUUGUAGACACCGGCAUUCUGAUGAGCGAGUGUGCACCGAACUGGACCAGGCUUGAAAAGCUACAUCUGCUGGGUGACUCCAGCACUGGUAAGGAGAUACAGAUGGAGCACCUCCUACCCUUCGUGGAGAUAUGCCAAAACCUCACACAAGUGGGAUGGCGAUCGCGGGUUUGGAAAGUUCACAGACAUGGCCAGGAUACUUGUGACUCACGACACUCAAGGUUAUUCGAACAUGAGCUUGAGGAGGAGGAUGAAGCCUUCGGUGCAUGGAAGGAUGAACACUGA